CUGGUCGCAGGCAGUCAGCAAUGUCCUCGACUCAAGAAGCCGCGUCACACGUCAACAGCUACCCCUCCUCAUCAGAACCUCUUCUUGCAUCUUUUUCUCCGGACCUCAACAUCUCUAGGCCCCGCUCUCAAUCACCGGUACGGCCAGUAUCGAACAGCGGUCGCUUUUCGUCGUCUUCCUGUAACCGUCGCGCCUCCACACAGUACGGGACAAUGCCUCGACUUGGUUCUAUGUUUCGCCGCCGGCCUCGCGAUAACGAUGAGUCCCCGACACUUCCAACCCACAACGGCCACUGGAGGCGAGGCCGCAGCGGCCGCGAUCGAAUCCAGGUUCAGUCAUAUACUAUGAAGAAACGCCCACCUUUUCUUGAAUGGCUCAAAAUAUCAGCUCUUGACAUUGUCACUCUCAUAAUUAUGGCUGUCCUUUCUUAUGUUCUUUUCACUCGCGACGCAGCCGGCCACAGGACCUUUCCAAUUACAUUCUCUCAGACAACUACCAGUUCCCCAAGUAUCACCACGCAAGGAUCUGGCGACAUUGUUUACCCGCAAUUUGCACACCCCUAUCGCCCUCAAAUUAUCACGUCGGAACAAGCCGGCGUUAUGGCUAUCGCCACGCCAAUCAUUGUAUUUUUGCUGGCCCAGAUCCGCAUUCGAUCUUUCUGGGACCUCAAUAAUAGCAUAUUCGGUGUCCUCUACGCUGUCGUUGGAGGAACGCUGUUUCAAGUCAUUAUAAAAUGGCUGAUAGGUGGUCUCCGCCCUAAUUUUCUUGAUGUUUGCCAGCCGGACAUAUCGAGAGCCAGCAGGCCUGGUGGGAAUUCGACUGGACUAGAGGGGACGGGCUUCGGCGGCAUCAUGUACACCUUCGAGAUCUGCUCCGCCAUGGACGACGGGGAUAAGCGGAGGGGCGUUUUUAAUGCGCUGCAAUCCUUCCCAUCGGGCCAUACCACGACUUCGUUUGCCGGUUUUAUAUUCCUCUAUCUAUAUCUGAACGCCAAACUCAAGGUUUUUUCUAACUACCACCCUUCAUUCUGGAAACUUACUUUGAUAUACGCGCCUGUCCUGUGCGCAACUCUCAUCGGCGGCUCCCUCACCGUCGAUCAAAGUCACAACUGGUACGACGUUGUGGCGGGCGCUAUAAUCGGCACGGUGUUUGCUUUUUCGGCAUACCGAACCGUCUUCGCUGCAGUUUGGGACUGGCGGAUCAACCACAUACCUCUGCACCGGGAGGAACCUCUCAUCCUCGACGGUAAGACCGUGGGGCUGAGGUGGACCAUGACGAGGCGGGCCGGUUGGGGCAAGCCUUCCAGGGCACCCAGGGGAGGGCCUGAUAAGACUUUGCCACCGGCGCCGGUCACUGAAGCCAGGAAUAGGUAUUCCAUGUCACCGGGCAGGACGGGAGAAGUUGUCAGUCCCAGGGAGACGGAUCCGGAUGCAGAGAGAGGUUCCGCUGCGGCAGGCCCACCCCCAGCUCCAUUCGCCUCCAGACCACGCAGCGGUUCGGAUAUGAGCAUUCCGAGAAAAGCGGUGGGCUCAGGGAACAGUAGAAACAGCAGGCAUAUAUCUGGCGAGGAUAUGGUCUAACCUUUUGGUGUGUUUGCUUAUAUUCUAUUCUUUUCUUUUGGCUUUUCGCGGCCACCCCUGCUUCUCCGAGUCUCAAGAUUUUUAUUUUCCCGAAAACUUCCAGCCUUCUACCUCUCUUGUGAAAUGCGUGUUGGGCCGUGUUAUUGAUGGACUCUCUGCUCUCCAGUUACCUCUAGCCACACGCCUGGCGUAGUGUGGUGGGAUGUUCAGCUGGACCGGGCUUUUGUGCAAGAAUGAUUCGUAUCAUAUAGCAACAACUAACCUACUCAUCAUCAGAAACUAUUAAUUUACCUGCGAAGAACCUUGUCCCAAAAGGACAGCCGUGCUGCCCAAACAGCGCGUAACGUUGUG